AUGAAGUCGUUCACCAUUGCCGCCCUGGCAGCCCUUUCGGGCCAUGCCGCUGCCCACGCCACAUUCCAACAACUCUGGGUUGACGGCGUGGACUACGGCUCGCAAUGCGCUCGUCUUCCUGGGUCCAACUCCCCGGUCACCGAUGUGUCUUCGACCGCCAUCCGAUGCAAUGCCGGCUCCCGUGCCGCGAGAGCCAAAUGCCCCGUCAGGGCCGGCGGUACCGUCACGGUCGAGAUGCACCAGCAAAACGGCGACCGCUCCUGCGCCAAUGAAGCCAUCGGCGGCGCCCACCACGGCCCGGUAAUCGUCUACAUGUCCAAGGUCUCGGACGCGUCCACGGCCGACGGCUCAUCGGGCUGGUUCAAGGUCUUCCAGGACGGCUGGGCCAAGAACCCGUCGGGCCGGGUGGGCGACGAUGACUUCUGGGGCACCAAGGACCUGAACAAGUGCUGCGGCAAGAUGGACGUCAAGAUCCCCGCCGACCUCGCCCCCGGCGACUACCUGCUCCGCGCCGAGGCCAUCGCCCUGCACACGGCUGGCGGCUCGGGCGGCGCCCAGUUCUACAUGACGUGCUACCAGCUGACCGUGACGGGCUCCGGCAGCGCCAGCCCGCCGACCGUCUCCUUCCCGGGCGCCUACCGCGCUUCGGACCCGGGCAUCCUCGUCAACAUCCACGGCGCCCUGUCCGGGUAUACCGUCCCCGGUCCCAGCGUCUACGCCGGCGGUUCGACCAAGACGGCCGGCAGCGCCUGUACGGGCUGCGAGUCGACCUGCGCCGUAGGCUCGGGCCCAACCGCCACCCUGACACAGGCGCCCCCGACCUCGACCGCCACCUCCACCCCCGGCGGCGGCAACCCUGGCGGCUGCACCGCUGCCAAGUACCAGCAGUGCGGCGGCACGGGGUACACCGGGUGCACAAACUGCGCUUCCGGCUCUACCUGCAGCGCUGUCUCUCCUCCGCACUACUCGCAGUGUCUCUAA